AAUAACAGUGUGCUCUGCUGCUUUUCUCUGGAUUUUCUCGUUCCAUCGUCUCAUCCAGUAACCUGAGGGAUUCAAAUGGCAGAAGUAAGUCUUGGUAUGCUUAUAGACAUUGUGGACGAGGAGUGGAUGAGGGACACUCUGCCUGAUGAUGAUCUCCCAUUGCCUCCAGUGCUUGCUGUUAGGACUGAUGAUACUGAAGAAACCAAUCAGGAAACUCAGCAAGCAGAUGGAGAAACUUGGCGUGACCUUGCACUGGAUACACAGUAAAAGCCUCCAAGUAGAGUUGAAGCUUUUAUAAAACUUCUAGCCUUGUAGCUUUGUAUGAAGACAAUCAUUGCUUCACUUCUAUCUAUAAUUAAAACUCUCUUGCUUUUCUUUUUGUUGGAUGGAAUAAAUUUGCCUAUUGUUGAUCAU